CGCAUUAUUGUAGGCGAUGCUGUCAUGUGGCUAUUGAAGCUUGCCGUUGCCGUUGUAUUUGUUAACGUAGGCCAUUGCUUCUAUCAAUAUUUCAUAUUGAUUUCUUCUGAAACCGCAUGUGAUAAAAUCUACCAAAAUGAAUCCAGAUUUAUUCAAAAAUCUACCACCAGAAAUCAUCACCGAGAUCUUCUUAAGACUACCUGUUGUAAGCAUUCCAAUAAGCAAAUGUGUUUGCAAGCGAUGGCUCCAUCUGCUGGAGUUUGAUGCAUUUGCCAAGUCUCAUUUUGCCAGAUCCGCCCCCGCCCUCGUUGUUUUGGGGUUUUCAGGUGGGUUGAAUGUUUUGGAAUUCGAAGGCGAGCUCGAUCUCCAUCUCCAUCUCCAUCCACUCACCAACUAUGAUUUCCCUUACGGCCCAGCAAAUAUAUACAGUUAUAAUAAUGGUUUGCUUGUUCUAAGGCUGCCUCUUGAUGUGCUUUGUGUGUGUAAUCCGAUCACUCGUGAAGUCAUUAAGCUGGAUCUGCGUAUUUCAGACCUAUCUGCUCAUGGAUUUGGGGCAAGCAAAAUCAGUGGCCGAUACAAGGCGGUCUGUUUUCACUCUAAGCACUGUGAUGAUAAACCGGAUUGCUAUGUAUACACUCUUGGAACAGGAUCACGGAGACGCCUUGAAGAAUGUUUUAGCUUCUUUAAAGCUCCUCCUUAUCAUGCUCGAAGAUUUCCCUUCACAAAAGGAACGUCCAUUUCUGCUUUGAACGGUUGCCUAUGGUUUUGCAAGGUAGCAUCCGAAUACGGAUAUGAAAAUGAUGGUGGGCGAUGCGAGCUUACUAUAUGGAUUAUGAAGGAAUAUGGAGUGGACGAAUCUUGGAGCAUGGAAUAUGUGAUCCGACUUGAUGGUAGCAUGAGGUGGGUUGAUCCCAUCAAAGUUUUCGAAAAUGGCGACCUAUUCAUGCGAGCUUACUCUCCAAGGCGCCAUUUCUACUACUCUAACAAGACUAAAACUAUGCAAAGGGUUGAUUUGUUUGGUGCAGAGAGGGCCUCUGACUGGGUCGAGUGUGGGCUUUUCACUCGCACCUUUGUUUCACUCAAAACUUUAGGUUUAGGUGUGGAGAAUGUAAUCUCAUUCUGAUUGUUUGCUUCAUUCUCAUAAUGCUACCAUCAGCUAAAUGUAUGUUUGAAGAUUGAGUUAGUAAUUAAGCAUAUCAUUUAGAUCAAGGAAACUAUCCUAUAUAUAUUAUAGUUCCUUUUGGUACAUUUCUUAGUGGCAAUGAUGCUGCUCCUGCUUGUAUAGUUUGAGGGAUUACCUAUGUUUUUUGUGAUCAAUGAAUCAUUGAGAUUGUUGUUUGUUA